AUGGCCGUCGGGGCAAACAAAGUCUCCAAGCAGAAACCCGACAACCCGCCUGGAAAACCCGCCGCCAAAGCAGGAACGACGUCGGCGAAGCAGCCUCGGAAGAGCCUCGAAAAGAAACGAACCUCGGACGCAACAUCAGCCAGUAAAUCGAAAAAACCUCAUCGUUACAGACCUGGUACGGUUGCAUUACGGGAAAUCCGACACUAUCAAAAAUCCACUGAUCUCCUGAUGCGGAAACUUCCCUUUGCGCGACUGGUACGAGAAAUCGCGAUGGAUUUUGCUCUGGCAACGGAAGAUGGGGCAGCAUUGAGGUGGCAAAGCAGUGCUUUACUUGCCCUGCAAGAAGCAGCCGAAGCGUAUUUGGUUCACAUCUUUGAAGACACGAAUCUCUGCGCCAUUCAUGCCAAGCGGGUCACAAUCAUGAAACGGGAUAUGGAGCUGGCCCGGAGACUGAGAGGAGGGCCUUGGGCAUCGGAGCUCGCGCGACACUCGAGACCGAACCUGACUCCAAACGACCACGACAAGAAAGCACAUACCAAGCGGAUAUUCCAGACAGACAACGCCGAGCAGCGGAAGAUGAGAGGACGAUUAACCGGGUGGUCGGCAGUCCCCAGGGCGCCGGUCGGACGAUCACUACACACGAACAGUCGAUCCUCGGAUCCAGGACGGUGGGCCAAGUGGGAAGAAGACACGAAGGCCGGGAUGGGGCAAGAUGACCAGGUCGGCCCGCCUUGUGCUCGCUCGAACCUCCGCCCGAUCCGCUACUCUCCUCGCUUCUCCAGCCCGACGACCACUCCGCCAGGGGGAAGCAGCCAGUCGGACGACCGUCGUCGCCAUCCAUACUCUCUGCACGAGUUCCGGGCCCUGCCGGGGGCGAUGCCUAGGCCGUUGAACGAGCUGCGUGAACGGCUUGAAAUCGAGGAUCUUCAGUGGAUCAUGUUCCGGAACCGGGUCGAUAAGCUCAACCAAGCCUUCUGGGAAACUCAAUCGACCCGAUUCGAAGCCCUCGAGCAGGCCCAGAAAGACUCCGUGCUUCUUGCCCAGACCGACCACAACACCCAACAACUACCGCCAGCGUCAGCAGCCAACGACGAACGAGUCAACUCGACCCUCGAUCUCUUCUAUGCCAACUGGCUCGUCGAGCAGAGCGAACGAUUCAUGCGGUACAACCGGAGAUGGUGGAGCCUCCAGCCUGCGUUGCUAAAAGGCGGCUGGCUGGCUCAAGUCAGGAAUCUGAGAUGGAAACUGGCUUGCUGGAGAUACUCAAUCUUACCUUGA